AUGCCGUCAACCAAAAGCACAAAUGGCGAUAGCCACUUCCAGCAAAAGAUAAAGAGUUUCUUCCGCAUCAACUCGUCCAGCAGCAGUCGCGAUGCCACCACCCCGGACCGGGAGCGCGGCGGCGUCUCAGGCCCCCUGCGCUCCGAGAACAACAAGCCCUCCCGCAACACGAGGUUCUUCAGCGUCGGCCGCCUGCGCAGCGCGACCACCGCUAGCGAGGGACAUCCGCUCGACGAGGCCAUGAGCCCGACUGCUCAUGCGAACCCCUACUUUGCCCACCAGGGCCAGCCCGGCCUACGACAUCACAAUGACGGGUCCGUACCCCCGAGUCCACCCGACACCCCGAUGCUCAAGGUCGACGGCCCCAACGGCGGGCCCGUGGAGAAGAUAUCGGCGAGCACCAAGGAGGAGCUCGCGAGGAAAUUGAGGAGGGUUGCCAGUGCCCCGAAUGCACAGGGCUUGUUUUCCAAGGGCAACGGCAGCGGGGAAAGACCACAAACCGCCGAGCUUAGCAAGGAGCCGCUCGCCGAGAGUAAGGACUCGACGAGCGUGGGAUUUGCCGACGCCCAGACACCACCCGGCAGCGCGGUGGAAUUGGCCACGUCUGUGCCGGAAGGGGAUAGCCUCGGGGCGCUGCCACCACCGAACCAGUCGCCGUUGGCGUUCCGCAGGACGUAUAGCUCCAACUCGAUCAAGGUCCGGAAUGUGGAGGUAGGCCCCCAGAGUUUCGACAAGAUCAAGUUGAUUGGUAAGGGUGAUGUGGGUAAGGUGUAUUUGGUGAGGGAGAAGAAGAGUUCAAGGCUGUAUGCCAUGAAGGUGUUGAGCAAGAAGGAGAUGAUCAAGCGCAACAAGAUCAAGAGAGCGCUGGCAGAGCAGGAAAUCCUCGCGACGAGCAACCACCCUUUUAUCGUCACUCUCUAUCACUCUUUCCAGUCCGAGGACUACCUCUAUCUGUGCAUGGAGUACUGCAGCGGCGGCGAGUUUUUCAGGGCGUUGCAGACGAGACCGGGCAAGUGCAUAUCGGAGGAUGACGCCCGCUUCUAUGCGGCUGAGGUUACGGCCGCGUUGGAGUACUUGCAUCUGAUGGGUUUCAUUUACCGGGAUCUGAAGCCAGAGAGUAUGUCUCGAUCACUGCAUGCGCCGUGUGGGAUGGAAGAACGGCACCAGCUCGACAUCGCUGCCAACCAUCGAUACCAAGUCGUGCAUUGCCAACUUCCGAACGAACUCUUUUGUUGGCACAGAAGAGUACAUCGCGCCCGAGGUGAUCAAGGGCAGCGGGCACACCAGCGCCGUCGACUGGUGGACGCUGGGUAUUUUGAUCUACGAAAUGCUGUACGGCACCACACCGUUCAAGGGAAAGAACCGCAAUGCGACAUUCGCCAACAUCUUGCGCGAAGACAUUCCCUUCCCGGACCACGCGGGCGCACCGCAAAUAUCAAAGUGAGUCUCCUGUCGCAUCGCAGUCGCAUGCACCAUCGCAUUUGUCAGAAGCCAUUACUAAUGCUAUAUCUCUCUCACCCCAGCCUCUGCAAGUCAUUGAUCCGCAAACUAUUGAUUAAAGACGAGAACCGUCGUCUUGGCGCCAGGGCGGGUGCAUCCGACAUCAAGACCCACGGCUUCUUCCGGACGACGCAGUGGGCCCUUAUCAGGCACAUGAAGCCGCCCAUUAUCCCCAACCAAGGACGUGGUAUCGACACGAUCAACUUCAGAAAUGUCAAGGAGUCUGCCAGUGUCGACAUCAGCGGGUCCAGGCCGAUGGGGGCGAAGGGUGUGCCGCUGGAUAGUGGGUUAGCGACACCAGGAGCCGAGACGCCAGAUCCGUUUGAGGAGUUCAACAGUGUCACGCUGCACCACGAUGGGGAAGAUCACUAUGGUCAGCACUCGCCACCAGCACACCAGCAGCACAGGAAUAGCGGAGGUGGCAAGAAUGGGUAUGAUUCGUAG